AUGAAAGAAACACAAAAGCCAAAGAUAAUAUUCAUCCCUUACCCGGCGCAAGGCCAUGUCACCCCGAUGCUCCAGCUCGCAUCGGCCUUCCUCAGGCGUGGCUUCUCCCCUGUGGUUAUGACUCCUGAGUCUAUCCACCGUCGGAUCUCGACGACUAACGAUGAUCUUGGAAUCACGUUCCUAGCCUUAUCGGACGGUCAAGAACGUCCGGACGCACCUCCCUCGGACUUCUUUUCAAUAGAGAAGUCGAUGGAGAACAUCAUGCCGUCUCAACUCGAACGGAUCCUACUAGAAGAGGACGUGGACGUGGCUUGUGUUGUGGUUGAUUUAUUGGCUUCGUGGGCUAUAAGAGUUGCUGAUGGGUGUGGUGUCCCGGUCGCCGGAUUCUGGCCGGUAAUGUUCGCUGCUUACCGUAUGAUCGAAGCCAUACCGGAACUCGUACGGACAGGCAUAGUUUCCCGAAAAGGGUUUCCUCGUCAACCAAAAAAACCAUUACUUCUACCGGAACAACCUCUCUUAUCAGCCGGAGACCUAUUGUGGCUGAUCGGAAACCCGACAGCUCAAAAAGGACGAUUCAAGUUCUGGCAAAGAACCCUAGAACGAGCAAAAAGUCUCCGGUGGAUCUUAGUAAACUCCUUCAAAGACGAAUAUGAAAGUGAAAUCAUUAAUCAAGAAAGUAACGGUCGAAACCCUCAAAUCCUUUACGUUGGUCCAUUACAUAACCAAGCAGCAACAAGUGUUACAACUUUAACCAAAAGUCCUACUUUCUGGGAAGAAGACAGAUCUUGUCUUGCUUGGCUCCAAGAACAGAAGCCAGACUCAGUCAUCUAUAUCUCAUUUGGAAGUUGGGUUUCUCCAAUUGGAGAAUCAAAGAUUCGUACAUUAGCAUCGGCGUUGGAAGCGUCAGGAAGACCUUUUCUUUGGGCCCUAAACCGGGCUUGGCAGGACGGACUGCCACCAGAGUUUGUGCAUAGAGUCACCAUAGAGAAGAACCAAGGAAGGAUUGUGCCAUGGGCGCCACAGACCGAAGUUCUUAAAAAUGACUCAGUGGGUUGUUUCGUGACUCACUGUGGCUGGAAUUCAACCAUGGAGGCGGUAGCAAGUUAUCGGAGGCUGGUGUGUUAUCCAGUAGCGGGAGACCAGUUUGUGAACUGUAAAUACAUUGUGGAUGUGUGGAAGAUCGGGGUGAGAAUGAAUGGUUUCGAAGAGAAGGAGGUUGAAGAUGGGUUAAGGAAAGUGAUGGAGGAUGAAGAGAUAGGAGGGAGAUUGAAGAAGUUGAGAGAUAAAGCAAUGGGGAAUGAAGCUCGUUUGUGUUCGGAUAAAAAUUUCACUUUCUUUAAGGAUGAGAUUUACAAUUCAGUAUUUAACUAG